AUGACAUCUUUGACCUUACUUGCCAAAAACCUACAGCUAACACCGCUGUUUUAUGGUUGUUUACAAAGACAAUUCUCGUUGCUGUCAGCUUGCAAGGCGACUUUGGUAGGACAACAACAUCCACCAAGAUGUUUACAACAGUAUUCCAUUCGCUGGACAAGCAGCAGAAAAGAACCCAAAAAGAGUUUAGUUGAACUAGUAGAGUCAGAGUUGGAAGAGAGCUUUCAGCGUGGCUGGGGACCUGGUGGACAGGCAACCAACAAGACCAACAACUGUGUACUACUGAAGCAUGUCCCGACUGGCAUUGUAGUGAAGUGCCACCAAACCAGGUCCUUGGAUGAAAACAGGAAGAUAGCCAGACAGCAUAUGAGAGAGAAACUAGAUCUACAUCUGAAGGGACAGGAGAGUGAGCUGGUCAAGGAGAAGAGAGAACUCGCCAUCAAAAAAAGAGAGAAACGGAAAAAGGCCAACAAGAACCUGGAGAAGAAAAGGGCCUUUAAACAGCUCCUGCAAGAAUCUGAUGAUGAAGUGUGA